AUGACCUUCCCACAGAGGCCCAGGCCUAGCGGCCUCCCUCCCGGGCCCCUUUCAGCCGAGGGCCCCACGGCGGGGUCGCAGCCCCUUUGCUGGUGGGGCCCAGGCUCCGGACCGGAAGUCGCUGUACGCCGGCUUCAGUUCCCCAGCCCGGCGACCCCGGCCCCGCCCCUGUCGCCUAGGCGACGAGGGGCCGCUGCGCAUCGGCUAGGCCGUGGGGAUCCACGCCCGAGUCGGAGGUACGCCGCCCCUCCCCUGUACCAGCGACCCCCAAACGCACGCCCCCGGCCCGCGGGGUUCGCGGCCCAGGUCGGCCUCCGGAGAGGAGCCGCACGCCGAGUUGGGUGCUCGGCCGGGCGUGGCAGCGGGGCUGGGUACGUGCCGGGGCCUCGCAGGGCACCUGGAGGCGAGCGGGGGUCCCAUCAGCACCACCUGUGCGUCCCUAGCCCCGCCGCUUCCGCCUGCAACCCGCCCGGGCGCGCUGUGUGUCGUGCCCUGGAGUGUGAACCGCAGAAAUUCCUUCAUUACAAGUUCCGUGUCCAGACCACCUCACAAAGAGAUGCUGAAUUCCAGGAGCAUGAAAAGAUUCUGUCUCCAGACUUUCUUUCAAUUGCCCAAAUCACUGAAAUGCUAGCAGAGGAUGUAGAUGGAGUUCAACGAAAACUGGAAAAGUUUUUGAAUUUCAAAAAUAUUCAAACGUGUUUAAAGGAAGCCAUUCUACUAGAUUAUUAUGUAUCUGGAUUUUUGUGGGCGAAAGGAAUGGAAUUUUCUGUUAUUCAGUCUUUAAAAUUUAUGACUUUACUAGAUAUGUUACUUCAUAAUCUUAGAAAGAGAUGCUGA